UAUAUACCGAGACCACGAGCUCUCAUUGCACACACAAAAAACACGCGCCUCCGAGUAAACAAGAGCGAGAAAAAUGGGAGGGUGGGCUAUAGCGGUGCAUGGAGGCGCUGGUGUCGACCCAAAUCUCCCACAAGAGAGACAAGAGGAGGCCAAAAAACUCCUCGCUCGCUGCCUUGAUCUUGGCAUCUCUGCUCUUCGCUCUAAUCUUCCCGCUAUCGAUGUUGUCGAACUUGUUGUGAGAGAAUUGGAAACGGAUCCUCUGUUUAAUUCUGGGCGUGGAUCUGCUUUAACAGAGAACGGAACAGUGGAAAUGGAAGCCAGCAUAAUGGACGGGCCAAAGAGAAGAUGCGGUGCCGUAUCCGGUUUAACAACAGUGAAAAACCCAAUCUCUCUCGCAAGACUUGUGAUGGAGAAAUCUCCUCAUUCCUAUCUUGCUUUUUCUGGCGCUGAGGAAUUUGCCAGGCACCAGGGUGUUGAGACGGUGGACAAUGGCUAUUUUAUAACGGAGGAAAACUUGGGGAUGUUGAAGUUAGCAAGAGAAGCCAACUCCAUCCUGUUUGAUUACAGGAUCCCAGCCGUUGGAUUGGAAAGCUGCAGUGUGGGGCCCCCUGAUGACAAUCUCUUGGCAAUGAACGGACUCCCAAUCAGCCUGUAUGCGCCAGAAACAGUGGGGUGUGUGGUGGUGGACAGCCAAGGGAGGUGUGCUGCAGCCACGUCAACAGGUGGGCUCAUGAACAAAAUGGCAGGUCGUAUUGGUGACUCGCCCCUGAUCGGUGCUGGGACCUACGCUUGUGAUCUUUGUGGGGUCUCUUGCACAGGAGAAGGAGAGGCCAUCAUACGUGGGACACUAGCGCGCGAUGUAGCGGCGGUGAUGGAGUACAAGGGAUUGAGCCUGCAAGAAGCAGUGGAUUUUGUUGUGAACGAGAGGCUUGAUGAAGGGCGAGCUGGUUUGAUAGCAGUAUCCAGAAACGGGGAAGUGGCGUGUCGUUUUAACACCAACGCGAUGUUUAGGGGAUUUGCCACUGAAGAUGGUUUCACAGAAGUCGGUAUCUGGGACUGAACUUUUUGCUGUGAACUUGGUGUUGCUGUGUUUUGCUUUUGACAAAGGGAUGCUUUUAUGCCACCCAACGUCGCGUGGCUGUCAAGUCGGAGCACAAUCUUAUUCCAUGUUACUAUCAAACUUAUGCUAUUAGAAAUAAAACUGAAUGCUCAAUUAGCGUUUAAA